AUGCGAUCAAAGUUUAAGGACGAACACCCCUUUGAGAAGCGCAAGGCCGAAGCCGAGCGCAUCCGUCAGAAAUAUGCCGACCGCAUUCCAGUUAUUUGCGAGAAGGUCGAGAAAUCAGAUAUCGCAACCAUCGACAAGAAAAAGUAUCUUGUACCUGCCGAUCUUACCGUAGGCCAGUUUGUCUACGUAAUCCGAAAGCGCAUCAAGCUGUCCCCGGAGAAGGCCAUCUUCAUCUUCGUUGAUGAGGUCCUCCCUCCGACCGCUGCUCUCAUGAGUAGCAUUUACGAGGAGCACAAGGAUGAAGACGGAUUCCUCUACAUAACUUACUCAGGCGAGAACACUUUCGGCGACGCCGCUUAA